AUGGCUACCUUCUCCGACCUGUCUCCAUACCUCAACUUCCUAAUCUCCCCUCGAAUCCCCCCAGAACUCGUCUUGAAGACAAUCCAGCAUUUACCUUUCAACGACGGCUCGCUCAUCACCACAAUUCGGAGCGCUCACCCACGUCUCCGCGCCAUCUUCAAAAACUACGAAAGAUCCAUUACCGGCAGUUUUAUGAGAAAGGAGCUUCGCCAUGCAGAAACAGAUUUUAGCUGUCAGGAUGGGAGGUUGAAUGUCGAUUGGUUGGCGGGUUGUGUUGGCAAGUAUGAUAUUGUGGAUGAUGUUAUGGACGCCCUCUGCUCUGAGCACAACUUCAAUGCUGUUUUACGGCAUAACGUGAGCCUUGCAAAUGCAGGGUUACUACUAUUAUAUAAACUCGUCCCCAUCGAAUCCCACGCAGAACGGAUAUUCUACAUCAAGAACCUCCAACGCGACCCUCUAGCCGCAAUAUACCUCGUGCUGCACCACUCGACCCUCUCAGCCCGCUACCACGGCUCCGGCUGGAUAAACCAGCGCACAUACGGCCGUUUCAUGGACGCCAACCAAGUCUCGCUCCGCUGCGAAUUAGAAUUCUGUUUCGCGGAAGCGGCGCUUGGUCUCGGUCCAGAUUUUGUCUCCGACACACUGCUCCACCACGAUACGUCGGAUGCGGAAACCACGCUGCUCAACUUGUACCAUGACCACGGUACGCAUGAUUGGGAUUGGCCGUGUUGGGGGACUGCAAAGGGCGAGUUUGAACCACCGAGGACACAGGGGCCGAAGCGGGAGCCGGGUAAGGGUACGAGUUUGUUUACGACGUUGCUUGAGAGGUUGGCCGAGCUUAUGGAGUGUGGGUUGGAGGAUGUUAGAUUGAGGAUUGAACGGGAGCUUGAGAGUGGGGAUCACUCAUUGGCGUACCUAAGCUUGGGGGGUAAGGCAAGGUUACUGGAGGGACGGAAUAUUGAGGAUGGGGAUGGGAAAUAG